GCCAGCUCGACCUCGAGCGUGGAGGACAAUAACGAGAGAAAUCGAGAAAGUAUCAUUUAACAAGAAACAAGGCCGCGAGAGCGCGGCAAAGCGAAAAUGGGGCGGAUACGACACUACUUGGCGGACGUCACCGACUACAGGUACACCGCGAACGAUCAAGAAGAUCCCGAGGGAGCCAGAAUAUCCGGGAGAUCUAGCGACACAAAGUCGAUCGGUAGUCUCAGUCAACAUUUCUUCGAGAGCGACGAGGACGAAAAAUAUUACGGCACCUGUAAUGGUUACGACUCGCAGCCCGGCAGCAAAUCGAACUUGUUACUCUGCGGCGAAUGCGAUCAAAAAUCCAGAACCUGUACAUACAAGCCGCAAGCGGCCGGCUCCGAGUGCAGGUACGUCGAGGAGCGUUUCGACGAUCGGCUCCACGAUCCAGGAAGCUCCCGCCCGUACAAAAGUCCUGUUCACGUGUCCUCUCCGCGAUCUCUGCGUCACGAUCAAGACUUCGGUGGUCAAAGUUCUUCGCCGAGGUCGCCGUACCGCGAUCAAGACUAUCCAGCUCGAAGAGGCUGGACGAAGAAACACAAGCAAGAACACGAUCAAGAGCACUACGCGAACAGGGAUUUGGAGCAGGACGAUGACAGUCCCGUCUGCGAUCUCUGUCACGGGAACGGUCACGUCGUCCAAUGCGAGCACUGCGACUUCUCCAGCGAGGGUGAUCUGAUAUGUUUCCGAUGCCAGAGCGACGAGGCCUCGUCGAACGGUCAGAGCUGCCCUCGUUGCGAGACGAACGAGAGGAUGAUGUCCAGCAGGCUAUCAGGAAGGUCCCAAAGGGUUGGAACGUCAUCCAGCGACGAGGGGAAGUAUCCGGUGGACGCCGUGGUGAAAAUUCAAGUUAACGAUCACAUGAUCGACGUGGACUCGGACGAGGCACCCGAAAGUGACUUGUCCAGCAGCCAUCAUCAUCAGAGGAGCACGAUGGAACGGCUAGACACCAUCGUCGAGGCAAAGGGAGACACUGCCAGUGAGAACGACGAAGACAACGGGGGUACAAAGAUUAAUGGAACUAAGAGCGCGAGAUAUCUCAAUUACAUGAUCGUACUGUUUCUGUAAAUAAACACGUGGUCUCGAAAUAACUGCGGUUCAACUACGGAGUGUGUUGAUCCGUGGAGAAUAUUGUCUUGUUGAGAUUAGUACUGGUCGAAGGAUAGGUUUAUUGUUGAUACGUCGAUUACGAUAUCGUUCUACGUGUUAUUACACUAUUUGUGCUGGUAGUGUCGACGCUAUACCUCUAGACCAUUUUAUAUUCUAUUGUAUAUAAUAUAUUAUGUAUUAUAUUCCAUGAUUAGUUAUUAUAAUUGCUAUCCUUUUAUUUUAUUAUUGAAUUCGAUCUAAACGUUAUGAUACGGAAUAGUAUAUACAGUCUAUACUAUUCUCGAUAACAUUUAACUUUGACAAGUUUACAGUCCGUGAAUUAGUGUCGAGCUAUCGAAUACGCCGCUGAAAGGCGCGAUAAUGAUAUCAUAUUAAAAUUACACGAAUAUGCAUAGUAAGACUAAUAAAUUCAGCCGAACAUUUCUUCAAGAGAACGACAACAAAACUUGUCGUCGCUUUUUUACACAAAUCUUCUACGAUGAAGUGAUACGGAAUUUCUAUUCAAAAUUUUAGUAUCUUUUACUGAUAUUUCAAUUUCGACAAAACGUAUAAAUCGAUGAAAUUAUAAAUUAAAAGUGAAAUAAUAUUCAACUAAAUAAAACAGGCUUAAAUUUCCCGCACGGGAAUUCGAAACAUUUAAAAAAAUAGCGAUAGUGAUAAUCCGCAGUGCACUGACUCCGUUUAAAACCUAAAAUUUGUAAAAAUUAUUUGGUGGGUCUAUUUACCGAAAGUCAAGGACGAUACUCUUCAUUCGAAACGAAAUAUUUUCGAAACUGUUAUCGCGUUACAUUACAUACGACGCGUGACAUUUUCGAACGUGUUUCGCGGGUUGUUUGACAUCGAAAUUUGUAUCAUACGAUAUAUGCGGCGCCGUAGCUCGACUCGCAUGUAAAUAAACUGCCAAAAAACCUUAUUUCCUAGAACCGUAUAGAUUAAUAGGUAACUCGUAAUAGUUUAAAUGCUAUGUGAGAGAAUGAGAAGGAGAGAGAGAGAGAGAGAGAGAGAGAGAGAGAGAGAGAGAGAGAGAAGUUACUUUACAUUCGACACGCGCAAUGUUGCCACGAGCUGAGAUCCGUGAUGCAACGAUCGACACGAUUCCACGCGCGACUUUUAGAAUGGAUUUGUGCAGAAAUCAUAUUCAUUUCUAAUAUACAGAUUAAUUAUCGAUUCUCGUAAAUCCGAACAGUAAUCAGUUUGUCGUAUACAUUUAUCUAAACAAAAUUAAUCGUAGCAAUAGAAAACUCGCUCGUAUGUAUUUGUUUAAAUUGAUUGCACGUUUUAAAUGCUUCGUUGUGAAGCAAUUAAGAUUUAUACACAAAUCCAUGGUAUAACUACUCAUGUUCGGGACCAACUAAAGCCACAAUCUUCAUUACCGCUUUCGAUUUCCGUUCUCACUUCCGGUCAUUAUCCCUCAACCACUGCUUUCAUGCACGGAACAUGAGAAUAGUGCAGAAAAUUUCGGUAUACUUAAUCAAAUAAUAUAGUCAAGGAAAGAUUAACAAAAUUUACCAAAUUUACAAAAUCACUUUCCUUUACGUACGAUUCACUGAUUUCGAAUGAUUAAAAAUGAACCUAUCUUGGGAAAAUAAGUUCUAAUGAAAGAAGAGUGACGAAACUUAAUUCAGAAAGUGAUUUAACCCUUUGCGCUCGAGGCCCUUUUUUGUGGCAUCUACCAGCAACUCGUGAUGCUUUCGCAGCAUUUUAUUGCCACGAAUGCUAAGCUUAGAUUGACUUUAAAGAUAUAGCCCGAUUUGUGAUCGCAAACUAAUUUGAGAAUCAGGUCACCUUUACUCCUUCCACAAUUAUUUUAUUUAUAAAACUUUGAGUUCUAAAGAAACGAAACUUGAACAAACAUUAGUGCUGGUUGAUUUACUGCGUGAAAUCCGGUGGUGAAAGUCACCUCUGGAGUGCAAAGGGUUAAAUGAUCCACCGUACGCACAUCUUCCGCAACGAGAUUCCAAUAGCCACAGAGGCAUGUAAAAACCACGAGCGUGAACACUUGUUCGUCGAACCAAGCGAAGCGUUCGCAACGAUACGCGUCAUCGAUUUCACGAAACGUAAGCGAAUCGAAGGGCUGUACAAUUCCUCGUCCUCGUGCCAAGAGAUCAUCUCUCCUCGAAGGCCUCGACGGGACCGAAUUUCUCCAAACACGAAAAAUCAAAACGGGAUCGCAUCCACCCUUCUACCUCCCGCGGAAACUUCGUAAUCGGCGCCGGAACCUUUCGCUCGCCACGUCACUUCCCAUCCCGCGUUUCAAAACAGCACCGGCGGCGAUGUCGCGGUCAACUAUCUGAAUGUUCAUUUACAGUUGCGUUUAUAGAUUUCGCGAGCGUACUUGUCCCGACAGCGAAUUCAACGUUUCCUGUCGCAACGAAGACAAACGUUUGGAAACGCGAUGACUAGAACGAUAUCUAGAUGACCAACUGCACGGAUAUUCACCCUGUAAUAUAGUAAAUAAGGCCCGUACUCGAAAUGCAAGUCUCAGGAAUUUGAACCAUUCUGCCGUCAAAAGUUUUCGAGAUUCUCAAUUCAUUCUUUUAUUUUUUACCACUUGGAUAUCCACUUUAGAGAACUACUUUCGGUAUGUUUUUUCGUAGGGUUCCGUAUGAUCCGUAAUGUAAAAAAAUUUUGAUCCGAAACGUUCAUUAUUAAAAAAGCUACGGAUUUUGGAGAAAGAACUAAAAAUUAGACUCUUUAGACAGUUUCGUAUUCUUUUUAUUUUUUCAACUUUUUGCUUAAAGACGCGCAAUUUCUCGUUUUAAAAAUUGAAAUCCGUUUAAUCUCGCAAAAUAAUUUUAGGCGACAGCUAUAAUUAACUUUGCGCGAGACUUAUUUCCAAAGUCGAACGCGGCCAUUAGAAAAGUAUUAGAAAAGUCGUUCUUCGAUACACGAAAUUCCAGAGAUUCUUAACGAUGUGUCUUAAAUAAAAAACAAAAAAAAAAAAAAAGAUAUGCAGGCAUUUAGAUCGUAUUUGAGUUUCCUUCGUCGUUAUCCGUAGCUCUUCACGUCCGAUACUAUUUCUAUGAAUAACGAGUUAGCUAACGAAACAUUCAGAUACUCGCAAUUCUAAUUACGUCUUUUCAACCGUUCAGCCGUUCGAACAAUAAUAUCGGGCGCAAUGGUUGUGACUCGUCGAGCAACGUUCCGUUACGAGCGAGGCGUCGUUUUUUGUAUAUCAUAGGAGAAAACGAAGGGAAAAGACGGAAUAUAGAUCCUUCGAAAUACAAAAGUACGAAGCAAUUUUUAAUAUGGAUAGCGAUUUUUUUAGUAUUUAUAAAUCAUCGAAUAGAUUUUAACGGUUAAGUACAAUUUUUUUAAUGUUCACCUUUCCACUUUGUAAGCGUGCCGCACACGAUUAUCGCUUGGACAGACGAAGAUCCGUUUUAUUGAAUGGAAAAUGUAGCCUUUCGGCAACGAUAGGGACGGAUGAGGGGGUGGAGGGGAAGCGGAGCAUAGAAACGCGUAAUUAAUUAGCACCGAUAACUGCCACCGGGGGUAUGUUUCUUGCGGAGGCUAGACUCACGUCAUCUGUAUAAUAUUCAGGGCGAUAGACAUUAUCAACGAUACAACGUACAAUUUAAGGGAGUAAUCGUUAAGGUGUACCAUUAUCCGGUAACUACUUUGCCUCGAAACAACGACGUGGUAACUUGAACGCGACGAUCUUUUCGCAGGAACCUUUCUAAUCGUUGUCAUUUACAGUGGUGCCGAUGAAUGAAUCUACUUUUGAAUUUCUAAUCGUCCGAGUAAUUCUCCCUUGGUGAUUUCUUUCUAUUUUUCAGCGAUCUUUUCGCGGAAACUUUUCUAAUCACUAUCAUUUACAUCACGAUCGAGUAAUAUUAUCUGUGCGUGUGGUUUUUUUUAUUAUCUUGUAUUUUAUGCGUGAUUAUUUCCAAAAAAAGAUGGUAGUUUCAUUUAGCGUCUAAAGCGAGUUGAAAAUAAGAGACAUAUGUCGCGCGAUUCGUAGCAUGUGACGUAGGCGGCGAGUUAAUUUCGUCUUAACUAUAGCGUUCACGUAGUUUUAAUAGGGUAGAAUUGAUCAAGUUACUUCGUCAUUGCGCCGAGGUAUCGAGAAUACUACUCUACUGCCACGUUCUACGACUAAAAAGAACUUUGUAAUCAUUGAGAAUACCUAGUCCUAUACACAUCGCGGAAGCAUUAAUUGAACAAACACUGGGCCACUAAAUUCUCUCUCCAUUUUAUCGAAGUUCUACGCGAGAUUGUAUUCGUCGUAAAUCAAUUUCUUUUUUUUUUUUUUUUUUUUUUUUUGUAAUUCGUAACGCCGUAGUAAUCCACUUUAAUCGUGUAUGGUUACAAUCCGAGAGUGUCGUUUGUGAUUAUAAUAAGAUGGGGAGAGAACAUUCAAUCGGAUUCGAAUGGAAAAGAAGUCUGUUUAAUCAGCCUUACUUAUACAAUUAUUAGGUAUAUUAUUAUAUGAAGGAUCUUGUUCACUUUCCGUAACAAGCUAUCCGAAACAAUUUUUAAAAUUCGUAUAAAAGUCAUCAGAGUAUAGUUUCAAUUGUUUACUUGGAGAGCAUUGCAGAAUGCACUGGAAAUUUUAAGCAGUUAACAGUAUUCAACUGCUACCUUUCGAUUCUCUUUGAAUUUCUAUUUGAAAAUACUUGUUCCACGUUGAGAACCAACAAGCUCUUAACGAAUAAUUACUCUAAUUUUAAACAAAAAUUCUAAAGUAUACGAAUUAGGAAAAAAUGUGAAACUGACGUUACACUUCUACGAGCCAUUAUAUUACGUAUAUUUCCACGAACACAAUUAGACACAAUUAAUCUCGAUUUCUUCGUCCGUUGAAAUCCAAAUCAAACAUUAACGUCGCAUUUCGAUGACUCCGCAUUACAGAUCCACGUACAUCCGGUUUGCUUGAAGAAAAUUGCUUAUUACGGAAAGUCAAUUAAGUGCUUUGUAAGCGUGAUUUGUGUACGUACAUGUAUGUCGACGUAAUUUUAAUUAUAACCCUGAGAGAAUGCUGUGGACAACGAUAAUCUCCGAGCAACGUGCGAGUUGAUCGACUUGUAUGUAAUUAGUACACGUUAUUUUACAAUGGAUACGUUCAAUAUUUAUUGCUACACAGCCGUUUCUUUGUAUCGUUUAAUAAUCACAACAGUGUUAUAUGUAAAGUUCUACGCUAUCUAAAUGUCCGUGAUACGUGAACAUUAACAACUUGAUUAUUGUAAUCCCUUUAUUUUAUUCGAAACGUGCCAAUUUUAAUAUUCAGUUGUUCAUAAUCUCGUUCAUUUGCCUGUAAACAUAUCCUUCUUUUUUUUCUAUUCUCGUUUUAAUUAAUUUACCAACCCCUCACUCCGUGUCGACAUAUUUCAUAAUAUAAAAGUAAUCUGAAACGCGGCAUUGAAAUUGCUGACGAACAAUUUACGAACCAACUCGAUAUCGUAAGCCUUUCGAUAUCUCAUGUGCCAUUGUAGUUUCAGAGAUACCGUGACUGUAAUUGCAUUUUUUAGGGUGCAUCUUUGAUGAAACCGGGGGGACCGAUACGCGGAAUGACACUAAUCGAUAUAUCGAUACAAAAUUCAAAUGAAAAAAAUUGACAAUUUUAAAUCCGUCGAAGAACCAAUGGAAUGUUUACACCAACAACUUCCGGCGAAUACCAGAAUGA